CACACAACCUUCCAGAUACCCAAACAAACUGCUUCUACCCAAGCACUUUUAAAUCCGUCAAAAUGGUCAAGGCUGUCGCUGUCAUCCGUGGUGACUCUAACGUCAAGGGCACCGUGAUCUUCGAGCAGGAGUCCGAGUCCGCUCCCACCACCAUCACCUACGAUAUCUCUGGCAACGACCCCAACGCCAAGCGCGGCUUCCACAUUCACACCUUCGGUGACAACACCAACGGCUGCACCUCUGCCGGCCCUCACUUCAACCCCCACGGCACCACCCACGGUGACCGCACCGCCGAGGUCCGCCACGUCGGUGAUCUCGGCAACAUUGAGACCGAUGCCCAGGGCAACGCCAAGGGCACCGUGACUGACAACCUCGUCAAGCUCAUCGGCCCCGAGAGCGUCAUUGGCCGCACCGUCGUCGUCCACGCCGGCACUGACGACCUUGGCAAGGGUGGCAACGAGGAGUCCCUCAAGACUGGUAACGCCGGUCCCCGUCCUGCCUGCGGCGUCAUUGGUAUCUCCCAGUAAACAUCUCGACUGGUCGGAUGAUUUGCGUUGUUAGACUACUGUUUCAACGUGACCUGGGAUAGUCUGUUGUCAAGCAGCGUGAAUAAAACUGUAAAAGUGAAAAAACAAGCCAGCUAAUUUUGGAAGUUACUGUGACUGUGAUCCAACCCAGUGUUUGAUAUGCAGAGACCGAUCGCUAUACUGCCAUUGGCACCAAAAUAUUCAUACUGCUUGCCUGGUC